AUGCCAGGCGUUAAUUCGAUCAAGCUGCUGACAGGCAACAGCCAUCCCGAGCUGGCCCAGCUCGUGGCUGACCGUCUCGGCAUCCCGCUCACGCCCUGCGUCUGCAAAAAGUUCGCAGACCAGUCCAUCGACGUCCGCAUCGGCAGCUCGGUCCGUGACGAAGACGUCUACGUCCUCCAAACGGGCAACUCGCCCUACACCGACCCCAACGACUCGCUCAUGGAGCUGCUCAUCAUCCUCUCGGCCUGCAAGACCGCCUCGGCACGCCGCAUCACCGCCGUCAUCCCCUCCUUCCCCUACUCUCGUCACGACAAGAAGGACAAGAGCCGUGCCCCUAUCACCGCCAAGCUCGUCGCCAACAUGCUCACCGUCGCGGGCGCAGACCACGUUAUCACGCUUGACUUGCACGCCUCUCAGAUCCAGGGCUUCUUCGACAUUCCCGUCGACAACCUCACUAGCGAGCCGAGUGUCGCUCGAUGGAUCCGAUCCAAGGUGGCCGAUUGGAGGGAUGCGAUCAUUGUCAGUCCCGAUGCGGGUGGUGCGAAGCGUGCUACGUCGCUCGCCGAUGCGCUGGGUGUCGACUUUGCGCUGAUCAACCGCAAUCGCCGUCGCGAGCAGCAUAAGCGCAUUCGUGCUGCGCAGAAGACGGCGUUGGGUCUGUCGAGCAGGAGCUCGUUCGACGACCUCCGUUCGGGAGUGAGCACGCCCAUGUCGAGCUCCUUCCUGCUGGACGGUACGGGUCUCAACUCGAGAUCCGCCGUCGGGCAGGCUACGGACAAGCUCAACGCGCUCAGCGUCUCUGCCGAGUCGGCAUCGUCCACAUCGACGUUGCAGUCGACCACCAGCUCCAAGCACGUCUACAGCGAAGUGGCCAACGGGAUCAAGUGCGACGAGACGGGCGAGUGGAUCAUGACCGACGAGCAGGGGCAUCUGGUUCGCAGCGGGCGAUCGAAAAAGGACCUCACAGGAGGCAUCUCAGCAGCGGAAGACGAUUCGGAGGAUGAAAACUCCUCGCGCAUGGAGAUCCUCGUCGGCGAUGUCAAGGGCAAAGUGGCUAUCCUGGUCGACGACAUGGUCGACACGGGUCGAACGCUCGCCCUGGCCGCAAAAACCCUCGAGGCAGCGGGAGCAGCCAAGGUAUACGCGAUCAUAACCCACGGUCUGCUGAGCGGCCAAUCGAUCGAGCUGCUCAAGAAGCUCAGUCUGGAACGCCUCGUGGUGACCAACACCAUCGCAAAUACGGACAAGGCCAAGACGAGCGAUGGCAAGCUCGAGAUCAUGGAUGUCAGCGCCGUGAUCGGCGAGACGAUCCGAAGGAGUCACCACGGAGAGUCGAUCAGCCAGCUCUUCCGACAGGAUGCCGAGAUCAUGUUCUAG